AUCGAAAGUCAAGUACAGUAGUUGUGCAAGUUCCACGUUUCGUGGAACGGAGGCGCUAGCUAGCGCGUCUUCUCGCUAGUUUGUUUAUGGUAGCAGUGAGGUUAGAAAGUUGCAUGAGAAACGGAACAUGAGCGGUUUCAAAACGAUUUGGGUUCGCUACGAUGCCGACAGCUCGGACAGGCACCAGUUGUUCUUCAAGGAGCACUCUGUGAGGAAUCAGGAACCCGAGUACCCCAGGAGUCAAACUCUCUUUGUGCUAAAUGUACCGCCGUACGCAACGACUGAAUCCAUGAAGCAUGGCUUCGCCAAGCUCUGCGGGGACGUACGCUCCAUUACGUUCUCAAACGCGGAAGGAUUCAAAACGGCGUACGUUGUUUUCACGAGGGAGUCCUCCCUGGACAAGGCGAUGGAGCUUUCAGAGAACUGUGUGAUCACAUUGAGCAGCGAUGAGAACGCGUGCAUCACGGGACUGGAGAAAUGGUGUAAGGAGUACACUGAUUCCUUGCGCAACGAGCAAGCGAUGAAAAAGGGAAUCGAGGAAUACAUAGCUGCGUACGACAAAAAAAUAGAGGAUAGUAUUGCAAAGGGCGCAGAAGAGGAUGACAAUGGCUGGGUAACCAUAACAAAAGGCAAGAAAAGGGGCCAGUUCGCCCCAACGAGGAAGGAAUCCACCAUCGACAAGGUGCAGCAGCAGGAGGAGCAGCGCAAGAAGAGGAAGCAGUUACUUAAUUUCUACACUUUCCAAAUCCGUGAAUCCAAGAAGCAGAAUUUAGCCGAAUUGCGAAAGAAGUUCGAAUUGGACAAAAAGAGACUGCAGGAGCUGAAAUUAAAACGGACAUUUAAACCAUUUUAGGUAGAUUAUACGUUACCCUGUACAUAAUAUAGAAUUAUAGAUAAUCGUAAAAUUAUGGAAAAUAUGUUUAAUAAAACGUUUUUUUUUUAAUUAAUAUUUAUAAAUAUUUAUAAUUAAUCAGUAUUUGUAGGUAUUCAACUCGCAUCUUUUAUGUACAACAGAAUUAAUACUUCUUGACGUUGUCGCUCGAAUAAACUACGUUAUCGCCU